AACAACAUCUAUUAUUGCUGCUGAACAUUAACUUAUGCAAUUAAAUAUUGGAGGAUUCCCUACUAAUGAAUUAGUUACAAGGGUUUUAGAGUAGCAAGGAUAAAUCUGCAGGAGAGGUGAGGUUUAGAUUCUAGCGGUGGCUGGUUGUCACAAAGCUCGCGCCAUUUAUACCGCAUCAACAACAUUGUAAUGACUGCCAUGUCAACCUUUCACCCCUUUCCGCGUCUACCGUACGAGCUCCGGAUGCAAAUAUGGGAAAUGACAGUGGAGCCCCGCACAGUGCAUGCUGAGUUCACAAACCCAAUUUAUCCCGACCGAACGUACUACCUCACCUCGUCGACGCCUGUGCCUGCCGUCUUGCAAGCCUGCCGCGAAGCACGGAACCAUGGCCUGUAUCAAAAAGCGUUUUCUGAGAUAGCUGUACACGGGCGUGGAGCGCAGUAUGUCUGGGUUGAUUUCGCCAUCGACACCAUCGACAUUGGAACGUCGACGUUUGACAGCUUCAAGCCUGUCGCCCCGUUGAUUCAACUCCUGAGGUUCAAACGCGAGAUGCAGGGCGAUUGGUUUUAUUAUCAGGAGGUUGACGACGUCAGGCACUUUGUCAACGCAAGGGAAAUCUGGAUCGUGCCGUUAGAUGGUCUCUGGGCGUGUGUUGGAGCCACAGAGACACACUACUGGCCGUGUGGGAAGGAGAACGUGUUCUUCCUUGAUCCUCUCAAUUACGAACGAAUGUUCAUAGGACCCAACGGAGAAGACGAGAUUGAUAGAUUGUAUGGGCCGAAAGACGGGAUCGGCAAUUGAAUAUGCUUGCUUCACUGUCUGAGGUAGCAACGAUAACAAUGCGAACAGUAAGGUCUAGAUCAGCAUCAUUGUGUGCACUCUGGUAAAUCGGGCGUGGCUUGACAUUGGACGCAUCUCUUCUGCGAGUGUCUCUUCUGCGGCCGACGCGAGACGUCUGUAGGAGAUCACACAAAAAUCGUCCAGACAUUGCACCACCGUCUCCUGUUCACUUUCGUCGGAUCAGACGUUGGCGAGACGAUCGAUCGGCAGUGCGUGGACCCAGGAAGCUGCAGGAUGGCAUAUACUGACAGGUUCAAUCCAAACGUGAUA